UAGGGCUACUUUUGACAAAUUAUGUCUCAUGCUUGAUGUAAAAGGUGGUUUAAAACCAACUAAUAAUAUGUUGGUUGAUGAGCAAGUUGCAAUGUUUCUCCAUAUUCUUGCUCAUCAUGUAAAGAAUAGAGUUGUACAAUUUUAUUUUGGGAGGUCUGGUGAAACUAUAAGUCGAUACUUUAAUAUUGUUUUAAUGGCUAUGAUGCGAUUGGCUGAGGAGCUGUUUAAGAAACCUGAACCGAUUCAUGAGGAUUCAAUAGACGAGAAGUGGAAGUGGUUUAAGAAUUGCUUGGGUGCCCUUGAUGGUACCCAUGUUAAAGUAAAAGUCCCUAUGAAAGACAAAGCAAGGUAUAGGAAUAGAAAAGGAGAAAUAACUACUAAUGUGCUUGGUGUUUGCUCCCCUGAUGCACAAUUUAUAUAUGUUCUCGCUGGUUGGGAAGGGUCAGCUGCUGAUGGGAGAGUUUUGAGAGAUGCUAUUAAUAGAAGAAAUGGAAACUUAAAAGUGCCUCAAGGACAAUACUAUUUGGUAGAUGCUGGGUAUACAAAUUGUGAAGGAUUCCUUGCGCCUUAUCGAGGUCAACGAUACCAUUUAAGUGAAUGGAGAGAUGGAAGACAUCCUGUAAAUGCACGUGAAUGCUUUAAUUUGAGACAUGCGUCGGCACACAAUGUCAUUGAGCGUUGCUUUGGAAUGUUAAAAUUACGUUGGGCUAUUCUCAGAAGUCCCUCAUUUUACCCUGUUAGAACUCAUUGUCGAAUAGUCAUAGCUUGUUGUCUUUUACACAAUUUGAUUCGUCAACAAGGAUCAGAUCCUCUCGAGGAUGGAUUUGAAGAAAUGGAUAUGGAUAUAUCUAACACAGAUGCUCCACCUAUUUUGACAAUUGAGCCAUCUAAUGCAUGGGGCAAUUUUCACGAGACAUUAGCCAAUGAAAUGUUUGCUGACUUCAUGAGACAUACGGAUAGUAGAUGA